CGGUAACACAUUAUCCAGGUUUGGAUGACAAUCAGAUCAAGCGGAGCAAGCUGGUGAGCUUCCCCAGACUUCAUUUACCAGCUCUUUUUCAGAUAUCUUCAACCAUCUUGUUUACCUUCUUGAAACAUGCAAGUUUUUUUCUUUGUCUAGUACAUCCUAGGGCAUUGAGUCGACACCUGCGCCCUCUUUACAUACGAUGCCACUCUCAUCCCUUCCCCGCACUCUCGUCCGCCUGGGGCCGACGGCCGUUGCUCGUCGCUCAAGACGAGCUGCCUCUACAGCCACCACCAGCUCCUCAAGUCCUCCUCGCCCGCUAGACUCAAUCCUGAUCGCAAAUAGAGGAGAAAUUGCUCUGCGAGUGGGCCGAACAGCUUCUCAGCAUGGAAUCCGAGUGACAACGCUUUAUACAGACCCCGAUUCAAGAGCACAACACGCACUGAGCUCACCAUUCGCUUUCAACCUGGGCUCAGUCUCUGCAUACCUUGAUGGAGACCGCAUUAUCGAGAUCGCAAAAGCACAAGGAUGUCAAGGGAUACACCCGGGAUAUGGCUUUCUCAGCGAGAACUCGGACUUUGCGCGAAAAUGCACGGAAGCUGGCCUGGUUUUCAUUGGUCCGCCAUGGAAGGCAAUCGAGGAUAUGGGAGACAAGAGUCAGUCCAAGAAGAUUAUGACAGCCGCAGGUGUACCAUGUGUGCCCGGUUACCACGGUGAAAACCAAGACCCAGCUUUUCUCGAAGCCGAAGCCGAUAAAAUCAGAUAUCCUGUGCUCAUUAAAGCAAUCAAGGGAGGUGGCGGUAAAGGCAUGAGAAUUGCCCAGUCAAAGGACGAGUUUCAAGCCCAGCUUCAAUCUGCAAAGUCGGAAGCCAUGAACUCUUUCGGGGAUGACCACGUCCUGGUGGAGAAAUACAUUACCACACCCCGACACAUUGAAGUGCAAGUCUUCGCUGAUAAGCAUGGGAAUUGUGUUGCGUUAGGAGAGCGAGAUUGCAGUAUCCAGCGGCGACACCAAAAAAUCCUCGAGGAGUCACCUGCACCUCAUCUCCCUGACGCCACGAGAAAGGACAUCUGGGCAAAGGCUAGAUCAGCUGCCCUCGCUGUCGGCUACGAAGGGGCUGGUACUGUUGAGUUCAUCUUUGACAACGACACUGGAGAGUUCUUCUUUAUGGAAAUGAAUACUAGACUCCAGGUUGAGCAUCCCGUCACUGAAAUGGUCACCGGCCAGGACCUCGUGCACUGGCAAUUGAAAGUCGCUGAAGGCGCCAAACUUCCCCUCACCCAAGAGGAGGUCGAAGCGAAGAUCGCGAGCCAUGGGCAUGCGAUUGAAGCUAGAAUAUAUGCCGAAAAUCCUGAUCAAGGGUUCAUUCCCGACUCCGGAACGCUUCUUCAUGUCCGCACUCCUGCUGCUACCGAAGAUGUUCGCAUUGAUGCAGGCUUCGUGCAGGGGGACGAGGUCUCUGCGCAUUAUGACCCCAUGAUUGCGAAGCUGAUUGUUAGGGGCCGCGACCGAUCAGAAGCUAUUCGCAAAUUGGCUGCCGCGCUAGAGGAGUACGAAGUUGCCGGCCCAAUUACCAACAUCGAGUUCCUGAAGACCAUCUGCAAGAGUGCCGACUUCGUCUCCGGGGAAGUGGAAACGGGGUACAUUGAAAAGCACCGUGAGGAGCUGUUCGCCAAGAAAACCAUUGAACCGGAAGUUCUGGCACAAGUGGCAUUGGCUUGCCUACAUGAUGAUUCCGACCUGGUGACACGAAAGACGGCCAAUUUGGAAGGCUCUGCCGUGGGAUUUGGCCCAGGCUACCAAGAACACCACAUGACCUUUACGGAUUCAUCAGCAGCAGCGACAAACAGUGACAGUACGUUUGAUGUCAAAGUCCAGCAAACAGGCGCAAACCUGUUCACCGUCAAGGUCGGCGAGAAUGUGUUCGAGCAGGUGGCCAGCCACCCUAAUGCAUCCUCCCGAGUCAUCACAUCGUUUUUCCCUCACACUCGCCUCGAUACAACUGUGAUCCGAGACGGCGACUCGAUUGUUGUAUUUGACCGCGGCACACAGUACCGCCUCGCUGUCCCACGGGCAAAAUGGAUGGAAAAGGCUCUGGGGAUGAAGGACGUCACGAAUAGCGUCCUCGCGCCAAUGCCGUGUAAAGUCUUACGUGUGGAAGUUCAAGCCGGCGACGUCGUUGAAAAGGACCAGCCCCUCGUGGUGAUUGAGAGUAUGAAGAUGGAGACAGUCAUUCGCAGCCCGCAAAGAGGGAAGAUUGCGAAGGUUGUCCAUAAACAAGGAGACCAAUGCAAGAGCGGAACACCGCUUGUCGAGUUCGCAGGCGAAGAUGAAUGAUUGGCCAGUAUGUGGUAUUGGGACAGGAUAUUUGGAAGGGCUGGGAAUUAGGAGGUAUCAUUAUCGUAUGAUACCGUAUGCAUUUUGCUCUCGACACCGGAGUCAUGUAGGUAUAUUCCAAGGUUAUUAUGAUUAUCAUGUUGUAUGGUUCUCUCCCUGCAAAUUACAGCUGUCAACAUAUGAUCCGAUGCAAGUUGAUUACUCAGAUAGAUCUACACUAAGCCUAAGGCGUUUGACGAAGAGGCAUACUCCAGAAGUGUGAACCUCCGUUUCUUCUCCCUUCAAGCCGUUUUGUUACAAGGUACAACUUGACGUCCACCUCCGGACCCACAGGGGACGUCAUGGGGAUGAUGUUCGAAGGCACGGAGCCUCAUCUUGCUGCUCCACAUGGACUUCGGGUUUCAGGGUCUACCCGAGGUGGGCCGUUUCAGCUAGUCGGUGCAUUGACCAGGGC